AGGAUAGUAAUGUAUAAUGGUAUAAUCUGAGAAGGAAAAUUAAAAUAAACAUAUAAAAAAUAAAAUCAAAUAAAACGGCAAAUAUAAAAGAGGCAACUGGUUCCAUUGAAGAAACCCAAUUUUGUAUAUCUCCUCUCUUCCUUCAAAGUCUGAAACUCUCAUCACCGUCUCUGUUUCGCUUAAAUGCCCCAAGUCGAUCUUGAAACCUUGGUUUCUUCAGUCUGCUCCGGUGCCCCCGACCGGAAAAUCGCAUGCGAGACCCUCUCCGACGACAACUCAGCUAACGCCCCGAUGAUCCGACCCGUUUCAAACUCCGUCACGAGUCCUAUCGAUGUUCCACCUGAGUCUUACUCCGUAUCAAAAGAAGCAGAGCUCGAGUGGUUCAACGAGAACGCCUUCUUCGAGCGGAAAGGAUCACAGAAAGGAAUCUCAUCCUCCACUCAUCAUCCGAACUCCAAUUCGAGCUCUCAGAGAGUUUCUCUCAAAUCCAAGACGUCGAUCAUCAGAUUACCGAAACCGCAGAAGACGUGUUUCAACGAAGUGACGAAGCGGAGAAACUGCAGAAUCGCGAGGACACUCAUGAUCCCGAAGCGGAUCGGGUCGCGGUUGAAGUCGGAGCCUUCUUCUCCGAAGGUCUCUUGCAUUGGUACAGUGAGAUCCAAACGUGACCGGAGCCGCCGUAUUCAGAGACAGAAAUCCGGUCGAACCGAUUCGUUUAAAGAUAAACCGGUUCCGGUUAAGAAACCCGGGUUUUUCGCUACCUUCAGAGCCAUCUUCAGAACCGGUGGCGGUUGCAAAAACCUCUCCGCGACUGGAGCCCACGCUCCGCAGAGGGAUGUCGCCAUUCCGGGGAGAAGUUCCGGUGAUAUCAGAGGAAGGCUUCCGCCGGAAGAAGUCGGGAAAUCUUCUCCGCCGAGGAUGAGUAUCACUUCGAGGAGAUCUAUAGACGGUGAGGAACCGGUAUUACCCGGUUUAGGCGGGGUGACUCGGUUUAAAUCGGGGAGAAGACCGGAUUUGUUGGUAGAAGUUUGACGUGGCGUGACGUGCGGCGUUUACGGUGUGGACAGGUGAGAGUCGGUGGGGUCCAGUCCCGUGUUUCAAGCUUACGGAGUAAACAAGGAUGGUGAUUGGGUUGUUGGCUGUUCAUGGGCUUUUGUGGGGCCCAUGAGCGUGUGUUAUUCGGAAAGUCGUUAGUGUUGACGUGGCAACCAGUUUAACGGAAACACGGCAUAGAAAGAGAACAGGCGCACACUUUUGAUUUGGUUUCUCGCGUUCAAACCAAACUUCCACCGUUUUGUAUAUCUUACUAAUAUUAUAUUGUGCCCCUUUUUUCUUCUUAAGACUUUGAUUUUGAUUAGUUUUGCUUUUUUUUUGGGACCUUUUGGUUGUACAUAGCUGUUUCUAUAACUUAUUUGUCUAUGUGUUUGCUUGUAGAAUUUAUCAAUAAUGUAAAAAAUACUU